AACAUGUUAAGGAUACCUGUUAAAAGGGCCUUAAUAGGCAUUUCUAAGUCUCCUAAAGGAUAUGUCCGAACAACUGGCACAGCAGCAAGCAACUUGAUUGAAGUAUUUGUUGAUGGUCAGUCUGUCAUGGUGGAACCAGGAACUACUGUCCUACAAGCUUGUGAGAAAGUUGGCAUGCAGAUCCCUCGAUUCUGUUAUCAUGAAAGGUUGUCUGUUGCUGGAAAUUGCAGAAUGUGCCUGGUUGAAAUUGAGAAAGCUCCUAAGGUUGUAGCUGCUUGUGCUAUGCCAGUAAUGAAGGGCUGGAAUAUUCUGACAAACUCGGAAAAAACUAAGAAAGCCAGAGAAGGUGUGAUGGAAUUCUUAUUAGCAAAUCACCCUUUGGACUGUCCUAUUUGUGACCAGGGAGGUGAAUGUGAUCUUCAGGACCAGUCCAUGAUGUUUGGAAGUGACAGGAGCCGAUUUCUAGAGGGGAAACGUGCUGUAGAAGACAAGAACAUUGGGCCAUUGGUAAAGACCAUCAUGACUAGAUGCAUACAGUGUACCCGGUGCAUCAGGUUUGCAAGUGAGAUUGCUGGAGUAGAUGAUUUGGGAACAACAGGCAGAGGGAAUGAGAUGCAAGUUGGCACAUACAUUGAAAAAAUGUUCAUGUCUGAAUUGUCUGGGAACAUCAUUGACAUCUGCCCUGUAGGUGCCCUAACCUCUAAGCCUUAUGCCUUUACUGCCCGACCCUGGGAAACCAGAAAGACAGAAUCCAUUGAUGUAAUGGAUGCAGUUGGAAGUAACAUUGUGGUUAGCACAAGAACUGGAGAGGUGAUGAGGAUUUUGCCACGAAUGCAUGAAGAUAUUAACGAAGAAUGGAUCUCUGACAAAACCAGAUUUGCUUAUGAUGGAUUAAAACGUCAGAGACUUACUGAGCCAAUGGUCAGAAAUGAAAAAGGGCUUUUAAUAUAUACCUCCUGGGAAGAUGCACUCUCUCAAGUUGCUGGAAUGUUGCAGAGUUUUCAAGGCAAGGAUGUAGCAGCCAUUGCAGGUGGCUUAGUGGAUGCUGAAGCCCUAGUGUCUCUGAAAGAUUUGCUUAAUAAAGUGGACUCUGACACUUUGUGCACUGAAGAGAUCUUCCCCACCGAAGGAGCAGGCACAGAUUUACGUUCCAAUUACCUUCUCAAUACAACAAUUGCUGGCGUGGAAGAGGCAGAUAUUGUCCUUCUGAUUGGUACAAAUCCACGUUUUGAGGCACCACUGUUUAAUGCUAGAAUUCGAAAGAGCUGGCUUCAUAAUGACUUAAAAGUGGCUCUCAUAGGUAGUCCAGUGGACCUUACUUACAGAUACGACCAUCUUGGAGACUCUCCUAAAAUUCUGCAGGACAUUGCUUCGGGAAACCACCCAUUCAGCCAGGUCUUAAAGGAAGCUAAAAAACCAAUGGUGGUUUUAGGCAGUUCGGCACUCCAGAGAAAUGAUGGGGCAGCAAUUCUUGCAGCUGUGUCUAGCAUUGCACAAAAGAUUCGAGUAACAAGUGGUGUUGCUGGAGAUUGGAAAGUUAUGAAUAUCCUUCAUAGGAUUGCAAGCCAGGUAGCUGCUUUGGACCUUGGCUAUAAACCUGGGGUAGACGCAAUUAGGAAGAACCCUCCCAAAGUGCUGUUUCUCCUGGGAGCAGAUGGAGGUUGUAUCACACGGCAGGAUUUGCCAAAGGAUUGUUUCAUUAUUUAUCAAGGACAUCAUGGUGAUGUUGGUGCUCCCAUGGCAGAUGUUAUUCUCCCAGGGGCUGCUUACACAGAAAAAUCUGCUACUUAUGUCAAUACUGAGGGCCGAGCUCAACAGACCAAAGUAGCAGUGACACCUCCUGGCUUGGCAAGAGAAGACUGGAAAAUCAUAAGAGCGCUCUCUGAGAUAGCAGGUAUUACUCUUCCAUAUGAUACUCUGGAUCAAGUGAGGAACCGUUUGGAAGAGGUCUCCCCUAAUCUUGUUCGAUAUGAUGAUGUUGAAGGAGCUAAUUACUUUCAACAAGCAAAUGAGCUUGCCAAGCUAGUGAACCAGCAACUUCUUGCUGACCCACUUGUUCCACCUCAGCUAACUAUAAAAGACUUCUAUAUGACAGAUUCAAUUAGCAGAGCCUCACAGACAAUGGCCAAGUGUGUCAAAGCUGUCACAGAGGGUGCUCAGGCCGUAGAGGAACCAUCCAUAUGCUGAGACAUCUACUAAGGACCCAGUUUUGCUACAAAUAGUAAAUGGACGUUGGAGUAAUCGCUGACAAGUUUAUGUUUUUUUUAAAAAAGAAAAAACCGAAUGAUGUAAUAUUUAAAGUUAUACUAUGCUUAUUUGAAAAUAGUAAUGCACUUAAUCAAAAUUUUUGGCAGUUUUAAGUUUAUGUAUUGUGUGUAAACAUUAAAUAGUUUAAUAAACUGUAUACAUUUGUUCCUCAUGAUAAAAACAUUAAUAUUUGUAAUAGAUUCAAAGAAAAUCUUCAAAAUGUGAAAUUUUUUGUUUAUUUUCAUAGAUGAUUUAUGUUUGUAGAAUGGAUGAAAUGAAAAGGCCUUUCAGGGCUGGGGAUAUAGCUGGAGAAUGGUUGCCUAGCAUGUGUGAGGCCUAGAGUUGAAUCCCUGAAACUGCAGACAAAGUAAAAAAGUAAAGACCUUCUAUUAAGUCACGCGCUUUGUGCUAAAGAAAAGAACUGGAGCCAGCAAAAUGGCUCAGCGUUGCUACCUUGACUGGAAUUUGAUCCCCAGUGAGUCUACAUGGUAGAAGGAAGGAACUGACUUCUGAAACUUGUCCUCUGACCUCUACAGGCACUCCAUGGCAGUGCCCACAAACACACACACAAAAAUAAAUCUAAGAAAAAAAAUGAGAAGUGUUAAAGCUGAGUAUCACCAUGGCAGUGCAUGCGCGCGCGCGCACACACACACACACACACACACACACACACACACACACACACACAGAUCUAAGAAAAAAAAAAA